AUCGGAGAUCAGAUCCUUGAGGUGAACGGCCAGUCGUUUAUGGACGUCUCGCACGACGAGGCUGUCAACCAGCUGAAGCUCCACAAACGGAUGUCGGUGAUCGUGAGGGAUGUCGGAAAGGUGCCUCACUCUUGCACUGCAUACGACCAGGAUCCCUGGGAUGCUACGCAAGGGAGCAGUAGAGUGGGUAGAUCAGCGGCGCUGCAAAUGGUGGACGAGAAGGCCCGCUGCGUGUUGACCAAGGCCGAGUUCGCCAAGCUGUCCUACUACCUGGACGAGUACUCGGCCCGCCAAAUGGCCAUCGACGCAUUUGUCGCCGUCCUACUCGAACUGCUCAACACACCCGACAAG